GCCGGAAAAGGUCCCGCCGCCGAGAGCCGUCCCCGCCGCCCAGGCCCGUCCGCGCCGCCCCGCCGGUCCUCGCCGCCCAGACCGAUCCCCGCCGCUCAGGCCGGUCUCCGCCGCCCAGGCCGGUCUCCGCCGCCCAGGCCCGCCCCCGCCUCCAGGCCGGUCCCCGCCGCUCAGGCCCGUCCGCGCCGCCCGCCCUCCCGCGCUCCGCCCGCCCUCCCGCCUCGCCAUGACGGACCGCUACACCAUCCACAGCCAGCUGGAGCACCUGCAGUCCAAGUACAUCGGCACGGGGCACGCCGACACCACCAAGUGGGAGUGGCUGGUGAACCAGCACCGCGACUCGUACUGCUCCUACAUGGGCCACUUCGACCUGCUCAACUACUUCGCCAUCGCCGAGAACGAGAGCAAGGCUCGCGUCCGCUUCAACCUGAUGGAGAAGAUGCUGCAGCCCUGCGGGCCGCCCGCCGACAAGCCCGACGAGUCCUGACCCUCCGUCCUCCUGGUCCUGGCCCUCUCUCCCGUGUGGUUCUCGCGAAGGACUGACCGGGAGAAGCCUCGCAAAAUGCCUGCUUCCGGACUCUGACUGUGCAGUCGUUCACCUUUUUUCAAGUGGAAUAUAAUAAAGCUUCCUGGGCAUUCCUAA